AUGGCAAGAGACACUCUGGAUUAUAGGGACACUAAUUCGGACGUGGUGGUUUAUUUAACUAUCCAGAUGGAGGGUUUUAACCAGCUACAUGAUGACCCGGGGAAGGUCGAUGCGAACUCCAUCAAAUCACACUCCGCGGAGAACAAGCUUAGUUUCCGCACCAGAGACGACCUGAAACAUCUCUUACAGUCAAACAAAUUCCACAUUUUUUUGGUUACCAUCGUGAUCAUAGACUGCUUUCUCGUUGUCUCAGAGCUUCUCCUCGACUUGAAUGUCUUCACGAAGGAGGCACACCACACAGUUGCACCACAUGUUCUUCACUACUGCAGUAUUGGAAUUCUCGGUUUUUUUCUUAUAGAGACAAUUGUCCGAAUCUGUGUAUUUCGGUGUGAGUUUUUUAAGCACAAGUUUGAGGUGUUUGACGCUGCGGUCGUGGUGGUGUCGUUCGUACUUGAAGUUGUGUUCAGAAACAGCCUCGGGCCGGAAAGCGCUGUAGGUCUUCUCGUAGUGCUCAGGCUGUGGCGAGUGGCACGCAUAAUAAACGGAGUAGUGAUGUCAGUGAAGAUCCAUGCGGAGAAUAAAUUGAAGCGUGAACGACGCCUGAGAGAAGCGAGUGAAGAGGAACUCAUGAAAUACCGCGAGUACUGCACGGCCCAGGAGAGAGAGAUUGAGAAGCUACGAGAGCUGCUGAUAAAACACGGCAUCACCGAUAUCAUGCCUAUGGAAAUACCUCGACCCGUCAGUCUGAUGAACGUGGAGGUGGAAGAAAAUCCUGUCAAUGAGAAAACAUGAACAGAUGGUUGUCAUAAACAUGCAUAUGAAAAAAUGACAGAAUGAUGUUUUGGACCGUGUUCUGUGAAAAGGGGUUUAAGGCAUGUGCGUAAAGUGUCGUCCCAGAUUAGCCUGUGCAGUGCACAGAGGCAAAUCAGAGAUCACACUUUCCACUUUAAUUGUAUUUAAUUAUAAAGUCUCUUCUUAGCAAAAAUCCUGUCUAGGCGGAAUGUGUCGUCGCUGAUUAGCCUGUGAGGACUGCACACGCUUAUCUAGUACGACACUUCACGCAUAUGCAUUAAACCCCUUUUCACAGAGCACGUCCCAGUUAUACGCAUUCAGAACAGACUUUGGUGCGGUGUAUGCCCAAGGCAAAGAGAAAAGUGUUCUGUAACAUGCAUGGACAGUUUGAAUUGCAAUUUCAAAAUUAUUAUGUGGAAUUGUUACAUUGUAAACUCUUAGGAGUAUAUUGUCAGAAAAAUAGUAUGUGUAACAUGUAUUAGUGACAAAGGUUGCAAUAAAGCAUAAACAAUGCUGUAAUUAAAAUUUGUGUUGU